UGCUUUCAUUGUGCUCAACCGACUCGUUGUUCGUCUCUUCACAGAUGUCUCGAGUUUUCUCAGAAUACAUCAUGGGCAAUUUUCGUUAUUCACAUCGUUUUUGCACUGUUUGUUGUCAGCGCUUUCGCCAGGACUACCUUCAUGGACCCAGGCUACUUUCCUGUUGCUUUAGACACUGAAGCUCGGUACUAUGAUGAAAUAGAUGCCCCACCAUCUCACGAAUACGAGGUGCGCAAGUGUGCGGUGAUCACGAAGUGGUGCAGUACUUGCCGAUUCUAUCGCCUCCCGAGGUCGACGCACUGUUCCACCUGCGACAAGUGUGUUGAGAACUUCGACCAUCAUUGCCCCUGGGUCAAUAAUUGUAUAGGCAGGCGAAACUAUCGAUACUUUUUCACAUUCCUCAUUACUGUGUCGCUGCAUAUGAUGGCUGUUUUUUUGGUCUCUUUGAUUUAUCUCAUGCAUUCCUCGCAACCAAUGAAGCACUAUACAAACAUUAUAGCUAUCGUUCUCAUGACCUUGGUCGGGAUGAUCUUUUUGCCGGUCUUCAGUCUCACCAUGUUUCACGUUGGCAUACUUUCAAAGGGCUUAACCACUAAUGAACACGUUACAAAAAAGUUUCCGUCGAACUCAAAUCCGUAUUUUGUUAGCUGCUCGAACCACUGGCUUCAAUUGUGCUGUAGCUCCGAAUACCCAUCGUGA